CUGACAUGGUUCACUUGUGUGUGUCCAUUUCAGACGAUGGUCCCAGGCUUGAAUCAGUGUACAAAGGAUCACAUAAGACUGCACAAAAUAGAGAUAAGAAGGUGAUAGAUAUGGCUACUUUGCGGCGCCAACCAAGAUCAAGAACCGGCUCAACUCGCCAGGAUCGGGGCUCCUGUUCUUCCACAGCAUCUUGCCCUGUCUUCUCUGGACCAUACAGCGACCAGGAAGAAGAUCCACCAAUGCGUCGCCAAUCAUCGCCCUUACUCAAAGGCUCUCUGACCAGUCUAAACAACUCUACCACCCCAAAGGGCUCCCUUUGUAGCCUGCAAGGGUCUGUUCCCUCCCUCCAAGGAUCAUUGCCAAGUCUGCAGGGAUCUCUGCCAAGCUACCAGGGUUCGUUACCUAACUUGAGAGGAUCAAUCUCUCGGAUGAAAAGGCGUUCAUUGGGCAGCAUGGACAACUCCAGCUUUGGCCUCAGUGAUCGGAGUACCAGCCCCAGCUUACAGAGUGGAAAUGGGAGUUCUAGUGAUGACGAUGGCAGCUGGGACACUAAUAGCUGGAGCUCCGGUGCCACAUGCCUUCUACGGACUCCUAUCAAACAAGACAGCACUGAAACAGCAGUGGAACCAGGUGGAAAAAAGUCCACCUCUGAGGACGCGUCUAGUACUGAGCCUGAAAUCAUUUACCAGAAUCUGAUCUUCUCACGGCCUGCUCCGAAAUCUGAAACAAAAGCUGACUGCGCAAAGGAAAGUACUUCUUCAAGGAAAGACUCUGGAACCCAGAUCUCAUGUGGCAAGAAGUCUGCUACAGCCUCAUCCCAUCAGCGGCACGAAAAGUCAGAGGACAGACGCAAGUUUUCACAGUUUUUGAACGAAGUGACCGGCAGAGUGUUGAAAACAAAUGGCGGACCUGCUCAGCAACUGUCCACCCUUCGUCAUCGCUAUCCAUCUCCACCGCCGGCGCGCCCGUCAACACCAUCUCAACAACCAGCGCCAGCACUACAAUCAACAAAUCCACCGCUACCUACAUCAACAACAAACAUGUGGUACAGCCCAACCAGCUCCAACCUCCAAACCAUCAAGGAGCACGUUUCAAAGGACUUCAGCAGCUCCAUUCACCAGUGGAGCAAGACAUUACCCAGCUGUAAGGUUUUAGAGCCUGGGGAAGUGUUGAGGAAAGUAAAAGGAGAAAGUCACUCAUACCCAGAGCGUGACCUAGAGCUAUGUACAAAGAUCCAGGCACAGCCCUCCACUGGGAGACUUUAUCUGGAGACAGACAUUGACAGAGUGAGGCGACUUGAUGAAUUGGUAGCUAAUGGCUCUCUAGGGAAAGAGCGGAAUGAAAAGGGGUUGGAAAAGGGUUUGGAGAGAGGGAAUGAGAGGGAAAACCGGAUUCCUUGGGAGAGAAAUGGAAAUGCGGCAGUGGAGAAAGGGAAAGAAAGGGAGAAGAGAAAAGACAACCUCUGGGAAAUAGACAAAGGAGUUGAAAAAGGAAAAGAAAAGGAAAAAGUCAGAGAAAGACCCUGCUGGGAGAAAGACAGGAGGAUGGAAAGAGGAAGGGAGAGAGAGAGGGAGAAGAAAGCCGUCCCCACGAAUUAUGAGUCCAUACUUUCACAAUCAGCUCCGAGUGGACGCAGUAAUCCCUGUCCGGUCUUCAGCUGGCCAGAGGGAUUUCCCAGAAUGUCCUACAGGUCCACCUCACUGCCCAGACCUGUUAAUAACACUGAAUCUGAUGGAGAGGUGCAGCAUAACACGAGCUCUUUCCACGACCACAAGGAUGACCUUCGCAAGCGCCUGUCCUACACUACACACAAACUAGAGAUGGUGGAAACAGAGUUCGACUCCACUCGACAGUACCUCGAGACAGAGCUGCGCCGGGCUCAGGAGGAACUGGAGAAGUUCACCGACAAACUGCGCAGGAUCCAAAGUAGUUAUGCAGCUCUUCAGAGGAUCAACCAGGAUUUGGAGGACAAGAUGCACCGGACGACCCAGCACCAUGAAGAAGAGAAGAGAGCCCUCAGCCGGGAGAUCAUCGUCCUCAACAACCACCUCAUGGAGGCCAAGAUCACCAUUAAUAAACUCAGAGAAGACAAUGACCUGUACAGGAAAGACUGCAACCUGGCAGCUCAGUUGCUGCAGUGCUCCAAGUCUCACUACAGAGCACACAAGAUGUCUGAGCUGCCGUUGGACUUCCAGGAACGCAUCAGUUCCCACAUUGAGAAACAUAAUCGGGGAAGUGGAGCUACGAUGGCAAUGUGCCACUCCAAUUACUCUGAUGCCGUGCCCACAUCCAUAAUUGCCAAGGUCCUGGAAAAGCCUGAACCGGGAAGCAGCUGCCCUGUGACACGCUCCCCCAGCCCACAGCAGCAGGACGGAGACUUUCUAACGGGAACAGGAAGCACCGAUCACCUGAACCGUCGCAUUGCGUACAAGACUUCAGACCUGUACUGCAGCGACACGGCGCUCUACUGCCCCGAACGCUGGCAAGACACGGAGCGCCGGCAGAGCGUCGACCUCCACGGUACCGGUCUACUCCAGCAGCUCCACACUCAGAACUCCACCGACAGCAACCCAGAAGAAGUGGCCUACCACUCUGGAAGUUUCUCCCACCAUGAGACCCCAUCCUCCUUCCACCACCACGAUGACUUCGGCACAGGUAGCCUCCCCGCCUCCAGCUCCUACUCCAGCUUCAGCCUGGCGUCAGACGACAAGGGAGGGGUAAGCGGCGGUUGUGGUCGCACAGCCAGCAGCACCUUAUCGUCUUCUCACCAAGGUCUUUAUAUGGACUGGAGAGACGGAGGAAGCGUGGACUAUGAGCGCAAAGGCCUGCUGUCUUAUGAUAAAGACAGUCUAGGCUUCCCGAAGUCCCGCAGCAUCCAGCAUAUGGUGACCCCCAGGAGUCCACAGAAGGGAACCUCACUGUCAUACACGAGGACGGCAUCGUGCUUCAGUGAACCGUACCAUUCGAGCAGCCCACGCUUGACUUCCUCUCACAGUAUGGGUUCCACAUCAGGACUUGGCCAGGUGCACGGCAGAGAUCUGGACAGCCAAGUCCCUGAAGAUGACCUGAGCAGCCGCUGGAGGCAGCUCAGCGUGGAAGACAUCAACACAUUCUCAUCUUCCUACACAGGCCGGGCGUCUCCGUACAGUUUCUCCGAGCGCCACUUUGCCAUGGGUCCCUCUAGUAAAGUCAAGGGGUCUCUCUAUAGCAGCUUCCAAGAAGGAGAUGACGUCUUCCACAGCCGCGUGCUGGACCAGUGUUUCACCGUGGGUCCUCCUUCACCCGGCCCUAAACCUUUGGAGCACCGCAAGCAGGAGAAAACCUCGGUGCUGUACAGAGCCAAGGAUGACAGUCAGGACUCCGAGUGCAGCCUGUUCCUCUCAGGGAGCUCGAAAGAGAAGGAAAGCAGCGGGAGAGCGGCGUCGGCGAGCAGCGCCAAGAAGGACUACGUGAAUCUGAGCGCCGACAGCUCAGCCGAGUCCUUACACCAAAGCUCCCUCGAAGCCUCAAGUCUCCAGCACUACCCCAGCCCCAGGCCGCUCGUCCGGCCUCGCCCGAGCUCCAGCUCUGCGCUCAGCGUCGGCCCCGCCCUCCCAAAGAAGACCUCUCCAAGAUACCAAAAAUUUGGCAGCACGGGACUGACCAGGAAAGACAGUUUGACCAAGGCACAGCUGUACGGCACACUGCUGAACUGAGCAGAGACAGGGAGCAUUUCAUUUUAUGCAUGAAGAUUUCUAACUUACUGUACUGUAUGUCUCUAACGUUCCCUGCAGCAAACAAAUACUUGUUGUGAUGGGGUUUUGAGAUGUUGUUGUUUUAUGUAUCUUAGCCAAGGCACGUUUCACACAGUCUGCAACACUUUUUCUACUGUAUGUCAUUAUACGGUGUAGCUACCUGAGAGCAGCUAUUUGUUCAGUGCUCGAAGUGGGCCGGUACUCACCAGUACGCAAUACUGGCACUUGUGCAUUUUAACCUUUCACAUACUUUUUCUUGCGUUUCACCUCCGGCACUUGUCACAGGCUGCCAUUCUCUUUUCAGCACUCUGCAUAAAAGGGUCUCAGUAGUUUAACCACAUUUCUCUCAGUCGCGUGGAGGUAACGUUGUUGUUUUCUGAAGCAAACAGCUUUUCAAUAGCGAAGCUCUUUCUUUGAUCGAGUAGCACAAUAAGAUCCACUCAAGCUACAUUUUCCCCAACAUUUGUGAUACUCAAAGCACACCGCAGUCUUCAAUAAAAAAACGAAUGAGUAUGUGACACAUAUACAGCUCAGAUAUCGACAUUUGCAGUUCUUCAGCGCGCUAAUCCUUCACAUACUUUCCUAGGACAGAGUAGGUGAAUAUAAAUACACUAGUGUCUAUGUAAAGAAGAAAAUGACAAAGAUGAAGAGGAAAUUAACCACUACAGUCAUUGUCCACUGAUGUCACACUCAGGGUGGGAAGCUCACAUGUUAUUUACAAAAACAUUAUAUAGAUCUAUAGUGUUUGAAGUUGCAAGAUGUAUAAAUAUGUAUAGAAUUUUCCAACAAUUAUCUUCUUGCUACUAAUAAGUAGGUGAAGAAAGACAUAAAAGAAUCUCUUCGGGAGAUUGUGAAUGCAGUCUCAUAUACGCCAACGUAUCGGCUGAUACAUUUAUACUCAGUCCUGCAGGGGAGAUGAAGGACAGGAUUGAGGGACAACAUGUCUGCAAACCUUGUGCUGCAGAUGUAUUGUGUACAGAUCCGAACAGAGGACAGAACCCAAGGCUAAGUGAGCAGAAAGCUGCAUAAAAUAGCCUCCACUCCAGCCUCAGAGCUACAAACUGGCAACAGGUUAAAGUACAAUUUCUCCAACAACUGCUUCCUGAUUGAUAUGGAACUGAAA